AUGCCCCAAAGCCUGGCUGAGACAGCCGUGUGUGCUGGGCUGGCGGUGGGACCACUGUGCGUACAGUUUUCACUACAAAUCACUCCACCGUGUGAAAGCGAACAACACUAUGAAUACUCUGGACGGUGCUGCACAAAGUGUGAGCCAGGAAAGUAUUUGUCUGCUAGAUGCACUGCUACUUCUGAUAGCGUGUGCCAGCCAUGUGGCCCAAACGAGUAUAUGGAUGUCUGGAAUGAAGAAGAUAAAUGCUUACUACAUAAAAUAUGUGAUCAAGGGAAGGCUUUGAGAGAAGUGAACCCAGGGAACAGCACGUUCCAACGGCAGUGUGCUUGUACAGUGGGCUACCACUGGAAUGAAGACUGCGACUGCUGUCAGCGGAAUACCAUGUGUGCUCCAGGACUUGGAGUCAAGCCUCCUGUGCAACAAGACAAGGAUACAACGUGUAUACCAUGCCCCAGAGGCUACUUCUCGAAGGUCUCUUCAUCCACUGAUGAGUGUAAAUCCUGGACCAACUGUACAGCUUUAGGAAUGAAGGAAAUCAUGCCUGGGACUGACAAGUCCGAUGCAGUUUGCGCAGAGUGGAAGAGGCCCAGGCCAUCAGAAGAUGGAACAAGCAAGAUCUUAUACGUGUUGAUUGUCAUCUUGGUUUUCGUGACACUAGUUGGCAUUGUCAUCUUCAUCGUGUACUACAAGAAUAAGGGAAAAAAGCUGACAGCAGAUCUACAGAACUGGGCUAACGAAGUGUGCAGCCAAAUCAAAGGAACAAAGGAGCCUCCCAGAGAUGCGUUUGUUACUGUGAACAUUACGAAUGCUGUUGUCCCCCAGACCUCUGAAGGCACAUGUCUUCUGGGCCCCACUGGCUCUCCUGUCCCUGGCAACUCAUGCUGCACCAGUGAUCACAGGAACAGGAGCCCCAGCACAGAGCCGUGUGAGGCAGGAGAUUUUACUGUGGGAACUGAGACUGAUGAUUUCCGUUUCCCACCUGUUCCCAUGGAAGAUGAAUACAUGGAUAAGGAUCUCAAUAACCCUAAUUAUUUAUCUUUCCUAAGUCAGACUGCCAGUAAAACUGUGUCAUCAUUUUCAGAACCAUUGGAGGCAGGGGAGAAUGACAGCUUGAAUCAGUACUUUUCAGGGAUUGGGAGCACAGAAGACAUAUCAGUGUCUCAAGGCCUUCACCCUCCCUCCAACACAGAUGGGGCACACGUUGCCACGGACCAACUUCUUCAGAAAUCUUGCCAACAUGCCCACAGUUGCCUGAAGGAAACAGGCAGCAAAGACACAGAUCGUUUUGCAACAAACUGUGACUCAGAGAAGAUCUGUGUGAGGUGUGGCAUUUCAUACAGGGAAUCUCCCCAAAAGUGGAGCAAACCCUGUUGUGCUGCAGCUGACAGUGCUUCCACCUCCCCAGAAACUGGCUCCUGUGCCCAGUGCACCUGUGGUUUGAAUUUCCUCUCUGCUGGUCAGAGCACUCUAACGAGUGAUCAUAGUAUGGAAGAUGCAUCUUCAGAUAGUACCAACAUGAAGUACCAGAACACAAACAGAAGCACUUCAGGGACACACAGAAGCACUUCAGGGACCAACAGCAGCACUUCAGACCUCCCUCCAGCAUCUGGAAAUGUGACUGGAAACAGUAACUCCACCUUUAUCUCAAGUGGACAAGUAAUGAAUUUCAAGGGCGACAUCAUUGUUGUCUACCUUAGCCAAAACUCUCAGGAGGGGGCAACGGCCUCGGGGCCGAGCGAGGAGAACGUUGGCAGCCCCGUGCAGGAGGAGAACCUCAGCCGCUGUGAGACUUUUGCCGGCAAUGCCCAGCACUACAAGGAGAAGUGUGCGGAGCUGCAGGGCACCUGCCUGGCCCCGGGCAGCGGGGGACCACAUGGGCAGCCCGUGCAGGAGGAGGGGAAGCUGGGACACUUCUCAGAGAAGGUGUUGAACUGA